GGUGCAUUGUGGGAAACGACGUCCGACGCACACAUGUGGCCACCUGAUCAGUGCAGAACAGUCUGGAGCAAAAGCAGCGGCAGCUGUUUGUAUAAUUAAAACAGGAUUAUCCAUACAUAAUAAAGUGAAAUGAAACCAGAAUUCAGCCCAAGAGGAGGUGGCCGAGGAGGCUUUGGAGGAAGAGGAGGAGGCUUUGGAGGAAGAGGAGGAGGCUUUGGAGGAAGAGGGGGAGGCUUUGGAGGAAGAGGAGGAGGAGGAGGAGACCGGGGUGGAAGAGGAGGAUUUCGAGGAGGUAGAGGUGGUGGCGGUGGAGGAUUUAGGUCCCCUGGAGGUGAUGGUGGCUUCCGUGGACGAGGGGGCGGACGUGGCACUCCUAGAGGCCGGGGAGGAAGAGGAGGGUUCAGGGGGGGCAAACAGGUGACUGUAGAGCCCCAUAGACAUGAAGGGGUUUUUAUCUGCCGUGGUAAAGAGGACGCCCUGGUCACAAAGAACAUGGUGGUUGGAGAAUCUGUGUAUGGAGAAAAGAGAAUAAAUGUUGAGGAAGGGGAAACUAAAAUUGAGUACAGAGCAUGGAAUCCUUUCCGGUCGAAGCUGGCCGCAGCCAUUUUAGGAGGUGUUGACCAGAUCCACAUUAAGCCAGGAGCGAAGGUCAUGUACCUAGGAGCCGCAUCAGGAACUACUGUAUCCCAUGUUUCUGACAUUGUUGGACCGGAGGGAUUGGUGUAUGCUGUCGAGUUCUCCCACAGAUCAGGCAGAGACUUGCUGAAUGUGGCGAAAAAGAGAACCAACAUUAUUCCCAUCAUUGAAGAUGCACGACACCCGCACAAAUACCGCAUGCUUGUUGGUAUGGUGGACGUCAUCUUUGCCGACGUUGCUCAGCCUGACCAAACAAGAAUCGUCGCCCUCAAUGCGCACAAUUUCCUGAAGAAUGGAGGACAUUUUGUUAUUUCCAUCAAGGCUAACUGCAUUGAUUCAACAGCCGCCCCUGAGGCAGUGUUUGCAUCAGAGGUUAAGAAGAUGAGCACUGAGAACAUGAAACCUCAGGAGCAGCUGACACUCGAGCCAUAUGAGAGAGAUCACGCAGUUGUUGUGGGAGUCUACAGACCGCCACCCAAGCAGAAGAAGUAAGGUUUCUCUGUGGAAAUUUUCAUCACUGUUCACACAUCCUUCGUUCUCCUGAAAUAACUGCUUCUGCCACUAGAUGGACCCAUAGUUUGCAGAUGACAAAAGACUGAUAUAAGUGCACCAUUUUCUCGUGACCAAGGGGUUGGGAGUGUAUCUCUUUUUACCUGAUUGGCACAGGCAACAUAUUCUUUAUGGAGUGUAACUCUGCUCCCGUUUUUCCUUUUGUAUGAUCAUCCUCUGUCAUGAAAUAAUAUACUGUACUGAGAGAUGAAUUGUGUUUUGCUUGUAAGAAUUAUUGGAAGCUAGAUGUGUUAUGUUAACUAAAUCAACAGUUUUCCAUAGCAUACGUUUGUUUCUUUUGAAUAUUUUAGUAAAAAAUUUUAACAAUCAAA